AGUCUCAUGGUUUCUCGCGAUGAUUCACGCGAUUCGCCGCAGAGAUAAUCCAGUUAACGUAGCAACUACUUGACUUCGGCUGGUGGUGGAAGUGGACCGCAAUAAACAGAGGCAAGGUUGUUGGAAACUCCUAAACACCAAUCAUGUCAGAGUUGAGUGGGAAGUGCCUGACCGUCCUGGGUCUGAUGGAUCCAGACCAACUGGGCCGCACCAUGACCCAUGAGCACCUGACCAUGAGCUUUGAGUGCUGCUACUUCCCUCCUCCUCCAGGUGACGAGGCGGUGGCGGAGAACCCCUUCAAGAUGCAGCACAUGCACUGGCUGAGACAAAACCCCUAUAGCUGCCAUGAGAACUUGCUGCUGCUGCAGGAGACCGCCGCCGUGCGGGACGAGCUGCAUGCCUACAGGAAGGUGGGCGGGGGCACAAUUGUGGAGAACACCACCACGGGCAUCGACCGGGACCUGCCCACCCUCAGGCAGCUGUCCAAGGACACCGGGGUCCAUGUCAUCGCAGGAGCAGGGUACUAUGUGGACUGCACCCACACUAAGGCCACCAAGAGAAUGAGUGUGGAGAAGCUCACAGACAUCAUCAUCAGCGAGGUGCUUCAUGGCGCUGACGGCACAGACAUCCGCUGCGGUGUAAUCGGAGAGAUCGGCACCGGCUGGCCCAUCACAGAGAGCGAGACAAAGGUGCUGAGGGCCACGGCUCACGCUCAGGCCCAGCUCGGCUGCCCCGUCAUCAUCCACCCCGGUAGGAAUCCUGCCGCUCCCGCUGAGGUCGUCCGGAUUCUUCAGGAGGCCGGCGGUGACAUUGGCAAAACUGUCAUGUCACACCUGGACAGGACUAUAUUUGAUGAUGGCGAGCUGCUUGAGUUUGCGAAGCUGGGGAGUUAUCUGGAGUAUGAUCUGUUUGGAACAGAGAUGCUGAACUACCCUUAUAACCUGGAGGUGGACAUGCCCAGUGACAGCCAGAGAGUGAAGGCCUUGGCGUUCCUUGUGAAGGAGGGCUACGAGGACAAGAUAGUGGUUGCACACGACAUCCACACCAAGAACCGCCUCACCAAGUACGGCGGCCACGGCUACUCUCACAUCCUGAACAACAUUGUGCCGAAGAUGCUGAUGAGGGGCAUCUCGCAGCACCAGGUGGAUAAGAUUCUUAUCGACAACCCGAAAUGCUGGCUGACCUUCAAAUAAAGCAAAAAAAAAAAAAAAAAGACCUAAAGGAGGAAUUUUGAUGUAGCGAUUAUUUUAUCUCCAGAUGAUGACUGAACACCCCACAAUGAAUACUUUGAGAUCUUUGCAAACAGUCCAAAUGCAUUUGUAAAUGUGCUUUGGAGCCUUAAACCAAUGAGCAUACAGUGUUUGUGCAUGGAUCAAUCUUUAAUGUCAAUAUUACAUUUUUCAGCAUACAGUAGAAAAAAUGUUUUGGUAAUUUGUCUUUGAAGUGGAAAAUAAUCACAGGCUGUCGUUUCGUUCAGCUGAAAGAGUUUUGUUAUGGAGGACCUCAUUAAUUAACACUUGAUUUUAUAUUUUUGAUUAUAUAUUAUUCACUUUUUAAGCAGAUUACAUCAAAGGAGCCUUGCAGGAUCACAGUGCCUCUCAUUAGCGGUCUUGUUUUGGUUCCAUGUAUGUCCCACAAAAAAGCAUUUUCUUUUAUGCACAAAUGUGAAUGCAAUCUAAGACCAAUAUUUUCCUUUCUCUGUGGGUGUGGCCUACAGUGGUGCUCACAAAUAUGGUGCUAAUUGAUUUUUCUGUUUCAAUGUCACAGUUGCUUUGUUUGUGUUUGUAUGUGACAUUUCUGCAAAUAUGUUUUUUUUUGGGGGGGGGGGGGGGUAAUGAGCAGUCUGGUAAUCAGUAUGCUGCUCUGCUCUCCACACAAUGCGGCUGUGUUAGAUGAGUUGUCCUGUUGCCCCUCAGUGGGUGUCUGGGUGUCUAUGGGAGGCUGACUGGCUGGCAGGCCCAGAUGAAGGACAUGUUCUCCUCUCAUCUGGGAACAGGUGGCCUCACAGGGUGACUUCAUCACAUGAUCAAUGGCAUGAUCGCCACAGUGCACUGAACAGCUAUGUAACUUUUGAUUAAUCUUCCCAGAGGAUUAGAAAGUGAACAAGAGGAUUUAAUUUUACAUUGUAUUGUACACAUUAGCCGACAGUCUUAUCUGGAGGGACUCAACAAACACGCAGGCAGAUCGAUGUCCGUGGUCGUGCUCGAGGAAACAUUCCCGUCAGUGUGACUGUCCAGUUUUGUGAUCUUGACUAACCGUCAGACCACCCUGUUGCCCCAACCAGCUGUCGUAUUGAGACAAGGAAAGUGAGUUACAGUGAUUAUUUGGUGACAGCGCUUCAAUAUGAACAUCACAAUGGCCCUUUACAGAAUCAGUUUAUCUUUAAAGUGUUAUUAUGCUGCACAGAGUUGAAAUGCCAUUUUAGAAUCAUGCAUCACUACUUACGUUUUCACUCAAAAUGCAUCAACUAUCAUUUUUUUUCAAUAAAGCACACAUAUUGACUAACA